AUGGCACGAAACACACAAAACAAAAAGUCAUUUCAAGCCAAACUAUUGUUUUGGAAACCUGCUUUCUUUUGGUGUCAGUUUUGUAUUACAUUUGGAAGAAUUCUUCAUUUCUAUUGGUGUUAUUGUGGUAGAGAGAAUAAGAUAGUUCAACUUGUAAUUCUUUCUGCCAAGAAAUUGGCGCUGCCUCUGUUGCCGCCCCCACCCCCACCACAGUCCUUCCUCAUUCUCAAGGGGAGAUUGCUAUGUCCUGGGCAGACCCCCUCCCUGGCGCUCGCCCCCACACUGACUCCCUUGGAGAACCAGUUUUUGUGA